AUGGGGGACAUCUCUCACCCAUCUGAUAACACCCAAGAAUAUAAUGAAGAUGGGUUGCCUUCGACUCUUCCCGCCAAUUCAGAUCCUCGAUCAUUCGGUGAUCAGGAUGCUAAUCAAGUAGAGCCUUUGACUUGUUCAGAGUCUUACGAUUUAUCCGAACGUUCUACCUCUAAUGUAAAUAACUCUUCAGACACGAUUCCUCUGCGAUUAGGUAAACAGGUAUCGGGUGAUGGAGAGUACAUGAUAGAAUGGAAAUUAAACAAAGAUA